AUGUCGCCGCUGGACGUCGUCAGGCCCGCGCCGCUCUGCAGCGAGAUCGACCCGCCACUCGCCACGCCGCUGCCGCCGCUCAACGAAAUCGAGCCGCCCACUGUGCCCGUGGUGGUAUGCGUGUUGCCCGACCGCAGCGAGAUAGACCCGCCAGCACCACUGCUGCCCGUGCCCACACUGAGCAGCACGGACCCGCCGUUGCCGCCGGUGCUGCCGCCAGUGCUCACCGUCACGUCGCCCACCGUGCCCGCCGUCGCAGAGCCCGUCUCCAGGCGCACCAACCCAGACGGACCGCUCGAGCUGCCGUCCGGUGUGCGCACCAGCACGCUGCCACUCGUGAAGCUGCUGCUCGCGCCGCUAGAUAUCUCCACAGCGCCGCCCACACCACUGCUCGCGGUGCCAGCAACGCCGCCACUCGUACUGCCAGCAGUCAGCGACACCUUGCCACCCGCUCCGGUGUUGCCACCACCCACGGACAGCUCGAUG